CAAAUAGUCCCCACUAGUUAUCACAGCAUACCGCGACCAUCAUGGCUCCCCACAAGCAGGACGAGGCUUUCGAAUACCACCAAAAGGAUCCCGAGAAGUUCUGGAUGCACCAAGCCGAGCAGGUCGCAUGGCAUAAAGCUCCCACAACAGCUUUCAAGAGAACAACGAAGAAGCUCCAGGACGGCACAACCCACGGCAGUUGGCAAUGGUAUCCCGAUGGAGAGAUCAGCACAUCAUACAACGCCGUGACGAGGCAUGUGGAAGCAGGACAUGGCGACAAGAUUGCGAUCAAAUGGGACAGCCCGGUGACGAAGCAGAAGGAGAACAUCACAUAUGCGAAGCUCGAUGAGGAAGUCAGCAUCCUCGCUGGCGCCCUGCGCGAGGAAGGCGUACGCAAGGGCGAUGUGGUCAUAAUAUACAUGCCUAUGAUACCGGCGGCAUUGAUUGGUAUGCUGGCUGUCGCAAGGCUGGGUGCUGUACACGCGGUUGUCUUUGGAGGCUUUUCAGCUUCUUCACUCGCGCAGCGCAUCGAUUCGAGCAAGCCCAAGGCCAUCCUCACGGCAAGCUGCGGCAUUGAAGGGGCGAAAGGACCAUUGCCAUACAAGCCCAUGAUCAAGGGAGCUAUCGAAGAGGCGAAGCACAAGCCAGCGAGGGUGAUCAUUUGGCAACGAGACGAGCACAGAUGGAACGAUACCGAUCGGCUGGCUGGAGAGAGGACAUGGCAGAGCUUGGUCAAGUCCGCCAAAGAUCGAGGGCAGCGGGCUGAGAACGUGCCUGUAAAGAGCAACGACCCAUUAUACAUCAUCUAUACAUCCGGUACAACAGGACUGCCAAAAGGUGUGGUCAGAGAAGUAGGAGGACACGCUGUUGGACUCAAUUUCACCGUGCGAUACGUGUUCGGAAUCAGAGGACCGGGAGAUGUUCUUUUUACCGCGAGUGACAUUGGCUGGGUGGUCGGGCAUUGCUACAUUGUAUAUGGACCACUUCUCGCAGGUGCAACAACAAUUCUUUUCGAAGGCAAGCCGGUCGGUACGCCUUCCGCUGACACAUUCUGGCGAAUACUGGACGAGCACAAAGUCAAUACCAUGUUCACGGCGCCUACAGCUCUCCGCGCCAUUCGAAAGGAGGAUCCGGAGAACAAGUUCUUCACCAAGCGCGGCGAAAGCGGCGGCCUGAAGAACCUCCGCGCACUCUUCCUUGCAGGCGAGCGCAGCGAACCUGCCAUUGUCACAAUGUACGAUGAGCUCAUCGGCAAAUACUGCGCUCCCAAUGCCACUGUAAUCGACAACUGGUGGUCUUCUGAAUCUGGCUCACCUAUGACUUCUCUCGCUCUUCUGCCAGGAACAGCUCUCGACUUCUCUGACAAGACCUUCUACCCGCCCUUGCGCAUCAAGCCUGGCAGCGCAGGAAAGCCUGUCCCUGGCUUCGAUGUUCGCAUUGUCGACGACGAGGGCAAGGAAGUCCCACAACAAACUAUGGGCAACAUCGUCCUCGCCAUGCCACUCUCUCCAACGGGCCUAACAACACUGUGGCAAGAUCCGGAUAGAUUCUACAAAGGAUAUCUCCGCCGCUUUGAGGGCAAGUGGAUCGAUACAGGCGACGCCGGCAUGAUCGACUCAUCCGGCUAUGUCCACGUCAUGUCUCGCGCCGACGAUGUGAUCAAUGUCGCUGCCCACCGUCUAUCCACGGGUGCCAUCGAACAAGCCAUUUCCUCCCACCCAGACAUCACCGAAGCCGCCGUGGUCGGUAUGCCGGAUAGUAUGAAGGGCCAUGUUCCGUUUGCAUGGAUUGCCAUCUCCCCUGACAACCUCCCCCCCUAUGACCAACUUCUCAAGGACCUCAACUCCAAACUCCGUUCACAUAUUGGGCCCAUUGCCUCACUUGGCGGAUUCAUCGCUGCACCUGGCGUGAUUCCCAAAACGAGAUCCGGCAAAACCUUGAGGCGAUGUUUGAAAGAAAUUUUGGAACAUGCGCUGGAAGGAGAAUAUGAGAAAGAUGUCGUGUUUCCUGCGACGAUUGAGGAUGCGAGCGUUGUGGACAAGGCGAAACAGGCGGCGAAGGAGUAUUUCACGAAGGGAGAGGGGUCGAAGUUGAAGGCGAAAUUGUAACAUGUGCAACGUGCAAGCAUGAGGGGUUAUGUAUGGCUACCGUUGUAACUUUUAUUCUUCGUUCUUGAGC